AUGGAGACUCCUACCCCUCAAAAUGACGAGCUACUCAUCAGAGUUCACGCUGCUGGAAUCACCGGCGACGAAAUACUGUGGCCCGAACCAUACGCGUGUGCUUCUCAUAUACCCGGACACGAAAUCUCGGGCGUGGUCUGCGCGACAGGUCCUCAGUAUCACGGUCCCUUGAAAAUCGGUCAAAGUGUCUUUGCGCUACUCAGAGCCGACAGAGGCCAGGGCCAAGCCGACUACGUGAUAUGCCUCCCCAAAGAAGUUGCACCGAAACCAGAGUCACUUUCGCAGGAGAAGGCAGCAGCGCUUCCAAUACCACUUCUCACGGCGUGGGAGGCAAUUGAAUCCCACACCAAAAUCAAACCAGGUAUGCGAGUCCUUGUCACCGGGGCUUCUGGCGCAGUUGGGAUCAUGGCUGUCCAGCUUGCCCGUCAGCUGACCGGUGCUCACGUGGUCGCGUUGAGUUCUUCUCGACAUCACGAUACACUGAGGCGUCUUGGCGCACAAGAGGUGCUUGACUACAAUGCUCCAGACUGGAAGCAUCAGAUAACCGGUGUGGAUUGUGUUCUAGACACAGUUGGCGGUGAUAUUCUGGCCCAGGCAUGGGAGACAUUGAAUGAAAACGGAACAAUCGUUACUGUCGGAGAUCCUGCACCCGCCUGGGCAUUUGGAAGAGCUGUACCGACAGAGUCUGUCAAUCGCCCUCAUGUGCGCUAUAUCUACUUUAUCGUGUCCCCCAACUCCGAGAGAAUGACCAAGGCAAGCGACAUGAUCAAUAGCGGCCGUCUUGAACCACUGGCCACCAAGGCUUUCCCUUUCAGUGAAGCGAUCGAGGCUUGGACAUAUGCAAGACAGAGGAACAGGGCACACAAGGCAGUGAUUGAUUUUGUGGCAGGUGAGUCAUCAGCUUAG